GCCUCGGCCAGGGUCCUAUAAAUUAUUGAGACUGAGCCAACUUCCUUCUGAAAAUCUGGAGCUCUUCCCUUUUGCCCUUUCUUCCAAUAAUCAUGGAGAUCAAACUGAUGACCAUUUUGUUAAUAGAAGUGACUGUAGCAAUAAUAAGCCAUGAAGCUUUGGCAAAUGGCCUCCUUUCCAGGCCGAACUCCCAGGAAGCUGCAAGCAGUAAUAAUCACCGCAACACCAAUGCAGUUAAAAGCAUUCGGAGUGAAGAUGGUGAUAUUAUUGAUUGCAUCGACAUCCAUAAGCAGCCAGCUUUUAACCAUCCUGCUCUAAAAAAUCACAAGAUCCAGAUGAAGCCAAGUUAUGUUCCAACAAAGGACAUAACUUCCUAUAAAGCAAAUACAGCUAAAACACCUAAACAAAGAAAAGGAGAGGUUCCCAUUGCUUUGGCAACACAACUGUGGCACAGAAGUGGAAGCUGUCCUGAGGGGACGGUUCCGAUUAGGAGAAUGCAGAAGAAGAGCCCAUAUGAAGCAAGGAAGCCUAGCUUCUUCCAGCAUAGCAAAAAAUUCAACAUCAGCACGCCAAGUAAACUUCUCCUGGCGAACCACUCGUUGACAGUGUUGCAUUCUGAGGGAUUUGCAUAUCUUGGGGCCAAGGGAGAUAUUUAUGUCUGGAAUCCUCGAGUUGAAUUGGAUGAUGAGUUCAGUACUUCUCAAGUUGCUCUCAAAAGUGGCUCUCACAACAAUUUUGAAGCAGUUGAAGCAGGAUGGGCGGUUAAUCCAGGGCUCUAUAAGGACAGGCAGACAAGAUUUUUUGUGUAUUGGACAGAUGAUUCUUCAAGAGAAACUGGAUGCUUUGAUCAAUUUUGUCCUGGUUUCGUACAAGUCAACAAGGAGAUAGCACUUGGUGCUGCACUCCUUCCCAACUCGACCCGUGGUCAACUGGCAGUCCCCAUGAUUGUCUACAUUUUUAAGGAUCUAAAAACAAACAACUGGUGGAUAAAUUAUGGAGAGAAAACUAAUGUAGGAUAUUGGCCUGCUGAACUCUUUACUUCGUUAAAUCAUUAUGCUCAAACUGUUCAAUGGGGUGGUGAAGUAUACAGCGCCAAUCUUGAGACGUUUGGGACUCGUCCACACACCGCAACACAAAUGGGAAGUGGGGAAUAUGGUUACCCACACUACGACGUGGGAGUAAUAAAGAGAAUUCGGGUUCUUGAUAAUUCCCUGGCGUUGAAGUACCCAGAAUUCACAGCAUCCUUCUCGGAUGAGUAUGAUUGUUAUAGUUACCAGCUUUUUAAGGGGCGCCUGGAUCCUGAGUUCUAUUAUGGAGGACCUGGAAGAAAUUGGAAGUGCCCUUAG